ACAAAAUUCCCUUUCGAUCUCUCUCUGUAAAAUGGUUUCUUCCGACAUUAUCACUUACUCACGACCUUGUCAUAAGCUUAUCUAUCCCUUUCUUACUCUCUAUAAAUUUACCUGCAUCAUCUCUUCCCAUUCUCUCACACUUUCUAUUCCUCUCUUUCUUUCUUGUUCAAUCCAAAUUUCCAAAUUCAGCUGAAUCAAAUCAACUUCUAUUCGCCAUUUGACUGAUUUGUGCAAACAACCAAAUCCUACCAAAUUUUGAUUUCAGGUUGCUCCUUUUAAGGUCUCGGCAAUCCAAUGACCCUGAGUUGUUCGUGGUCUUUAUCAACAUAACUUGGAAGUUGUAAUUAAUCUGGGUAUCUCAUCAGAAUUGUUACUUUUGAAAAUAAAUUAGGGACCAGCUCUGCUCCAGAUUGUAGUAAUUUUCUUAUGCUGCAGUCGUGAAUAGAUGAAUACAGGACAUUAACCAUGGAAAUGAUAGUAUCAGUGUUUACAAUCACAGUAGUCAUCUUUUCAGCGUGCACAGAUUUCCAGGAGCUUAUGGUUUAGAGAUUAUAUACCGGAAUGCAUGACAGAGAGUAUUCUGCAAGAAAUUAUCUGUAUCUAUUAAAUGGAAGUUACAGGAGGCUAAAGCUUUUUUACUUUUGUUGUCUUCAGUGGUUUCGUGGAAAUGUUUAAGGGAAGGAACACAUCUUACAACAUAAAUGUAGGUGUAGCUUAUCAAAGAUCAAUAGAAAGGAGCUAUUCUAAGAGCCAAAGAAGCUCUGGCAUGGGUUUUGAAUUGGAUCUCACAGAAACUGGAAAAUUCAUUGAAUCUAAAACAGCUUUUAUCUUUUGGUCUCGUAGAAUACUUUUAGGAGAAGGAUAUCAUGAAUUUCUUUAAUCGCACAAUUUAUCUUUGAAUAGUUUGUAUUCUUGUGUUUUCUCAUCACGGUGGAGAAGUUUGUUUGUUUGUAACGUAAGGGUUAUACGCGUCUGUUGUAAUUUUUUUGUGGCUGCCCUAUAGAGAAAAUGCCCGGUGUUGUAUGUGGAAAGAAACAAUUCAUGGAAUCAGAAUUGCGUUUCUCCACUUUAGUCCAGAAAGAUCCACCAACUCGUUCGAGAAUUGGUACUCGUAGGAUUCCUCGUGUACCUGUCAAUACUUACAAGCCACUUUUACCUGGACUACCUGAUGACGUGGCUAAGUAUUGCCUUGCACUUGCCCCUCGUUCGAGCUUUCCGGCCAUGGGUGCUGUGUGCAGGAAAUGGAAAUCAUUCAUCCAAAGUAAGGAGCUGAUAACAGUCAGGAAACAAGCUGGAAAGCUUGAGGAAUGGCUUUAUGUUUUGACUAGUGAUGCAGAAGGGAAGGGAAAUCAUUGGGAGGUCUUGGGUUGUAUGGGACAGGAACGCAAGCAUCUUCCACCAAUGCCGUGUCCACUGAAAGCUGGUUUUGCUGUGGUUGUCCUCAACGGGAAACUACUUGUUAUGGGGGGUUAUGUGCUCUCUGAUGGCACAGGGUGUGUUUCUGCAGAAGUACACCAGUACCACUCCUGCCUGAACAGAUGGAGUACACUAGCAGCUAUGAAUGUGGCUCGAUACGACUUCGCUUGCGCAGAAGUUAAUGGUGUCGUGUAUGCAGUAGGAGGUUAUGGGGUUGAUGGUGUGAGCCUCUCAAGUGCCGAGGUCUAUGACCCUGAAACGAACAUCUGGACUCUGAUAGAGAGUCUCCGUCGACCAAGAUGGGGAUGCUUUGCUUACGGUAUCGAGGGAAAGCUCUAUGUGAUGGGUGGGAGAUCGAGUUUUACCAUUGGAAAUUCCAGGUUUGUGGAUGUUUACAAUCCUAAGGAUCGCACCUGGUGCGAAGUGAAGAAUGGGUGUGUAAUGGUUACUGCUCAUGCUGUGUUAGGCAAACAACUAUUUUGUAUGGAGUGGAAAAACCAGAGGAAACUCGCAAUCUUUAACCCAAAUGACAAUUCAUGGAAAAUGAUUCCAGUACCUCUAACAGGAAGUUCCAGGGUUGGAUUUCGGUUUGGAAUAUUAGACGAUAAGCUUUUACUAUUCUCGGUGGAGAAAGAACCUGGAUAUUGCACCUUGUUGUAUGACCCAAAUGCGGCGACGGGUUCAGAAUGGCAGACUUCCUCCAUUAAGCCAUCUGGGUUGUGUUUGUGCAGUGUGACGAUCAAAGCAUAAAAUUUGAUGUUUUCGUAAAUUCAUUAGACUCUAGAUAGACUAGUCAUGCCAUUAUCAAGGGCCUUGUCCUAGAUUCCUUUAUGAGCUUUUUUCAGUAUGAAGUGAUGAUUUUAAGUUUGUUAUUUUACACUUAAAAUUUUUCUCAAUUUUGUUGAACAACAUCAAAUUCAUCAAAAUUGGUGUUAAUUCAUUCA